AUGUUCCGCCAAGCCGCUGUCUUCGUACUUGCUCUCGUGCCACUAGCACUUGGUCAAGCCUCCAACGAUUUCGAGAGCGGAUGGGAUCAGACCGCAUGGCCGACAUACGCGCAAGACUGCAAUCAGGGUGGUAAAGUCACUUUGGACAGCUCGACCGCCCACAGCGGCAAGAACUCGAUCAGGGUUGAUGGUGCCGGUGGUUACUGUGGACACAUCUUCUUCGGCACCACCAAAGUGCCCAGCGGCGAUGUCUACGUCAGGUCUUAUGUUAAGGCAUCAAAGGCUCUGACAGACUCCCACGUCUCCUUCAUCACCAUGCCCGACUCAGCCCAAGGGACGAACAAGCAUCUCCGCAUCGGUGGCCAGAGCAAGAUCCUGAUGUACAACCGCGAGACCGACGACGCCACACUCCCAGACCUCUCACCACAGGGCAUUGCCACAUCCGCAGCCUUGCCAACGGGCAGCUGGCAGUGCUUCGAGUACCACUUGGGCACUGACGGCAGCAUCGAGACUUGGCUCAACAACAACACCGUUGCUGGUCUUACAGUGAAGCCGGGCGUCACCAACCCAAACGCGGCUCAGUGGCAAAGGAGUACGAUUAAGCCCAAGAUCACCGCUGUCUACUUCGGUUGGGAGUCUUAUGGCGGUGAUACUAACACGUUUUGGUACGAUGAUGUUGUCGUCAGCUCGAGCCGAGUCGGUUGUUAG